GCGUUUCUCCAUGUUGAAGGUCUUAGUACAGAUGUUGCUGAGAGCCACUACGAUCUAGUAGGACCAAAGGGGGGAAUUAUUCUCCCUCGUGUUUGGGAAACAGUGAUUGAGCCAGGAUGGCCUGUGUCUAUGCAUAUGUGGCCCGGAAUACCGGGACCUCUCUCCGGUCACUAUUUUCGGCUACAAAGUAGGCAUGACGGCAAGGUGGGCAGAAGCCCACCACCUGGGCCACCACCUACUACAAUGCGAGAACCCUCCCCUCCACUACCAGCGGGUUGGCCUGCCAGAUCAACACCAAUUAGAGAAAUACACCUAUCAAGCACAACCCCUCUAAUUUCCCCUUGUUCCCCUACGAGUUCGGAGAUGAACUCCCACGAUUUUGGCAUGGCCCCAACAUAAGCCGUAUCGUCAGAGAGUUUGUACCCGCACAACGUGCCCCUCCAGUUCAAUGACAGAAUAAAAAGCCCCAAUUGAUCGAAC